UUAUACCCCACAAGCUGCUGCUCUCAUUCCCUUUUCCCUCCCUAUUCUCUCUCCUACUGUUAACGUUUUCUGUUUUUCUUUAAGAUGGCGAUGACGACAACGACGGAGUCCGAUCUCGAUUACGAGCUUCGCUAUCUCAGUCUCGCCGUAACCGAUACCUUCACUGCUUUCCAAAACCUCUUACCGGAUGCGAUGACUUCCUUUUCAGCUUGUGGACUAAUAGACCCUCUUUGUUCUCAAAACCUCACUCCCAAGCAUUCCACCAUCACUGCAACCAUUGAUUCUCAGUCAUCGAUUUGCGCCACUAGUAAUGUUGGGAGCCCAGUCUCAGCUAAUAAACCAGAGGGCAGAGAGAAUCAUACGAAAGGAGCCACAAGUGGUUCCUCUGAGCCAUCUGAUGAGGAUGAUGAAGCAGGUGCUUGUGAACAGAGCACAAAUCCAGCUGAUAUGAAGCGCCUUAGAAGGAAGGUUUCUAAUCGCGACUCUGCCAGAAGGUCAAGAAGAAGAAAACAAGCGCAAUUGUCUGACCUUGAGUUGCAGGUUGAAAAACUGAAAGUGGAAAAUGCAACCCUAUACAAGCAGUUCACGGAUGCUAGCCAACAUUUUCGUGAGGCAGAUACGAAUAACCGAGUGCUGAAAUCAGAUGUAGAAGCUUUGAGAGCCAAGGUGAAGUUAGCAGAGGAUAUGGUGACUAGGAGCUCUUUUACUACGUUAAACAAUCAGCUUCUUCAGACACAACAUCAUCAAAUGAGCACACCCCAGCAACUGAACACGACUAAUCUGCGGCGCAUGGCGCAUGUUUCGCCAACAAUCACCGUUCAUGGAAAUGAUGUCUCGUACAAUAAUGGUGGACAGAAUUCAGCACUUGGAAACUUGGAUAUGAGUUUCAAUGACAUCAAUGAAGUCAUGAACGAUGCUAUGAGUUGUGGAACUAUUUGGCCACUCGACUAGACAGACUCUCUCUGUAGCUUCCAAUUAGAUCGAUCCAUCUUUUAUAUUUUACGUCUUGUCUAAUUUGAUUAGUAGGCUAUAUAUGUUAAUGUCAAGCUAUGCUAUUUGUCUUCGCUUGAUUCCUCUUUAAUGAUGCCUGUUUAAAAUGGCGUCUUCUUUCGUUGUAUGUAGUUUUGUAUAAAAGGACUUGAUUGCUUUAUCCAUUUCUGAUUGUAAUUGCAAAA